AUGACACAAAUGUAUAAAACAAAAAUAUUUAAGCAAUUUGUGCCAUUUAUGUUACUUGUUAUAGGAGGAUCGUUUUUAGUGAGAGAAUUCACUAAAAUAAGAUACAAAUAUAGAAGGGUUACCACGUAUGAUUUAACUAAAGACACCGAAGCGGCUGGUAUUAAAAUGAAGAAACCUGCUACCCUUGAAGAGGAAUAUGAGAAUACAAUGAAAAAAAUAGAUAUUGAUAACUGGGAAAAUAUUCGAAUAUCAAGACCGUGGGAGGAAACAACUGAUACAAAAUAAUAGACUGCAAUAAAAAAAAAUAUUUAGUAUAAUAUGUCGUACUUUUAACAGUAUAUUUACAGGUGUAUAUAAAAAUGUAUACCUUAUUUAGAAUAAAUGUUUACUUUACAAAUGCAA